AUACAUCUACUGUCUGUUAUACUAGUCCUGUUAUACUAGUCCUGUUAUACUGUUAUACUAGUCCUGUUAUACUAGUCCUGUUAUACUAGUCCUGUUGUACUGCUAUACUAGUCCUGUUAUAAUAGUCCUGUUAUACUAGUCCUGUUAUACUGUUAUACUAGUCCUGUUAUACUAGUCCUGUUAUACUGCUAUACUAGUCCUGUUAUACUAGUCCUGCUAUACUGUUAUACUAGUCCUGUUAUACUAGUCAUGUUAUACUAUUCCUGUUAUACUGGUCAUAUUAUACUAGUCCUGUUAUACUAGUCCUGUUAUACUAGUCCUGUUAUGCCUUGUCUGAAAUGAAGCCCUGCAGUAUGUUUGUGUCAUGUUUUGAUUGGCUCCUCUAUGCUGGUGCUGACCUGUGAUUGGUCUAUUCCAGGGGUCGGUGGCCAUAGCUGGGGCGGUGGUGCGCUGGCUGAAAGACAACCUGGGAAUCAUCCAGUCCUCCGCAGAGAUAGGUGAGCUCUGCUCUGCAACACGCUGGACGUUUUUAGGUUGAUUCAUAUUUACUGAAGAUCCUCCUCACACUGCCCCUCUCGUUCCUCCUCCCUCCCCCUCCUCUCACAGAGAAGCUGGCAGGUGAAGUGGGCUCAUCCUAUGGAUGUUACUUUGUUCCCGCCUUCUCUGGGCUGUACGCCCCCUACUGGGAGCCCAGUGCACGAGGGUGAGUGGCUAUACGAGGGUGAGUGGCUAUACGAGGGUGAGUGGCUAUACGAGGGUGAGUGGCUAUACGAGGGUGAGUGGCUAUACGAGGGUGAGUGGCUAUACGAGGGUGAGUGGCUAUACGAGGGUGAGUGGCUAUACGAGGGUAGGCCACUUGCACCUAAUUGUGAAACAACCCUUUGCGCUUCAGACGUCAUGCAUUUCACUUGGUUUUAUGUGACAAAAUGUCACUAGAUUUGAGGUGUGUGUUUAAGUUAACAUGCGUGUAUUCUGGCCUCCAUUUCAACAGAGCUGCCGGUUUAUUUAUCUCUCUCUCUCUCUCUCUCUCUCUCUCUCGUUUCAACAGUAUCAUCUGUGGGCUGACUCAGUUCACUAACAAAUCUCACCUGGCCUUCGCUGCUCUGGAGGCUGUUUGUUUUCAGACUAAAGAAGUAUGGCUCUGAGUUCCAUUCAGACUCAAUCGCACAAGUCAAGCAUCAGACUUUGAUAUGAAACUAACAGAUAUAUAUAAUUGUCCAGAUCCUGGAGGCCAUGAACCAGGACUAUGGGGUUUCUCUGAGCCAGCUCCAGGUAGACGGUGGUAUGACCUCCAACAGACUACUGAUGCAGCUGCAAGCUGAUGUACUCUGCAUCCCUGUGGGUAGGUACUCACACACACACACACACACACACACACACACACACACACACACACUGCACUGAGGUAAAGCACAUGCACUCGGUAAUCUCUCACUUGAACUUUGACUCAACUACACACAUUUGUGUGUCUACUUCCAAGGACGUACCAGGCACAUUGACAUCAUGCACAUGCACUCCGUCAAAACCCAAAACACACUACGCAGGGAGACACAGCUGCACAGUACACUCUAACAUGACCCUUUACCCAAAUACACAUACUCCCGAGGACGUGCAGUAUUGGAUUUCUGUGUGUGUGUGUGUGUGUGUGUGUGUGUGUGUGUGUGUGUGUGUGUGUGUGUGUGUGUGUGUGUGUGUGUGUGUGUGUGUGUGUGUGUGUGUGUGUGUGUGUGUGUGUGUGUGUGUGUGUGUGUGUGUGUGUGUGUGUGUGUGUGUGUGUGUGUGUGUCCAGUGAAGCCGUCCAUGUCGGAGACCACGGCGCUGGGUGCGGCCAUGGCGGCGGGAGCAGCAGAGGGGGUCGGUGUCUGGAGCCUGACCCCUGGUGACCUCACAGCCAUCCCCACUGAGAAAUACCAACCCAUGAUCAACCCUGAGGGUGAGAGAGCAGCGUCAGACCUUGAUCCGUAGCCAGGGGUUGGGGUCAAAGUGAAUUGAAAAACGCCAGUGUUUUUCUUUGAGGAUUUUAACAAUUCAUUAAUUUAAUUUUAAAUCCACUUCUUCUUCAAUUGGCUUAUUUGGAAAACUGAAUCGACCCCAACCCUGUCAUCGUUAGGUAUGACCAUGAAGCAUGACCAUCAUUUGAUUUGAGAUACCAUAUCAAUAUUUGCCUCAUACUGCCAUCUGGUGGUUAAAUGUCUAUUACAUUAAGGCCAUUCAGUUUAUAUUCUCAAACCCGACCUUGGGCAACAGUGACUAGGGUCUGGUUUCAAUGAUGGACUCUUUUGGCUUAGAUGCUUUAUGCCACUGCUUACGUCACUAAUUUAUCUGCUUUAAUAAAAUGCUAAAUACACUGCUCAAAAAAAUAAAGGGAACACUUAAACAACACAAUGUAACUCCAAGUCAAUCACACUUCUGUGAAAUCAAACUGUCCACUUAGGAAGCAACACUGAUUGACAAUAAAUUUCACAUGCUGUUGUGCAAAUGGAAUAGACAACAGGUGGAAAUUAUAGGCAAUUAGCAAGACACCUCCAAUAAAGGACUGGUUUUGCAGGUGGUGACCACAGACCACUUCUCAGUUCCUAUGCUUCCUGGCUGAUGUUUUGGUCACUUUUGAAUGCUGGCGGUGCUUUCACUCUAGUGGUAGCAUGAGACGGAGUCUACAACCCACACAAGUGGCUCAGGUAGUGCAGCUCAUCCAGGAUGGCACAUCAAUGCGAGCUGUGGCAAGAAGGUUUGCUGUGUCUGUCAGCGUAGUGUCCAGAGCAUGGAGGCGCUACCAGGAGAUAGGCCAGUACAUCAGGAGACGUGGAAUAGGCCGUAGGAGGGCAACAACCCAGCAGCAGGACCGCUACCUCCGCCUUUGUGCAAGGAGGAGCAGGAGGAGCACUGCCAGAGCCCUGCAAAAUGACCUCCAGCAGGCCACAAAUGUGCAUGUGUCUGCUCAAACGGUCAGAAACAGACUCCAUGAGGGUGGUAUGAGGGCCCGACGUCCACAGGUGGGGGUUGUGCUUACAGCCCAACACCGUGCAGGACGUUUGGCAUUUGCCAGAGAACACCAAGAUUGGCAAAUUCGCAGGUUCACACUGAGCACGUGACAGACGUGACAGAGUCUGGAGACGCCGUGGAGAACGUUCUGCUACCUGCAACAUCCUCCAGCAUGACCGGUUUGGCGGUGGGUCAGUCAUGGUGUGGGGUGGCAUUUCUUUGGGGGGCCGCACAGCCCUCCAUGUGCUCGCCAGAGGUAGCCUGACUGCCAUUAGGUACCGAGAUGAGAUCCUCAGACCCCUUGUGAGACCAUAUGCUGGUGCGGUUGGUCCUGGGUUCCUCCUAAUGCAAGACAAUGCUAGACCUCAUGUGGCUGGAGUGUGUCAGCAGUUCCUGCAAGAGGAAGGCAUUGAUGCUAUGGACUGGCCCCCCGUUCCCCAGACCUGAAUCCAAUUGAGCACAUCUGGGACAUCAUGUCUCGCUCCAUCCACCAACGCCACGUUGCACCACAGACUGUCCAGGAGUUGGCGGAUGCUUUAGUCCAGGUCUGGGAGGAGAUCCCUCAGGAGACCAUCCGCCACCUCAUCAGGAGCAUGCCCAGGCGUUGUAGGGAGGUCAUACAGGCACGUGGAGGCCACACACACUACUGAGCCUCAUUUUGACUUGUUUAAAGGACAUUACAUCAAAGUUGGAUCAGCCUGUAGUGUGGUUUUCCACUUUAAUUUUGAGGGUGACUCCAAAUCCAGACCUCCAUGGGUUGAUACAUUUGAUUUCCAUUGAUAAUUUGUGUGUGAUUUUGUUGUCAGCACAUUCAACUAUGUAAAGAAAAAAGUAUUUAAUAAGAUUAUUUCAUUCAUUCAGAUCUAGGAUGUGUUAUUUUAGUGUUCCCUUUAUUUUUUUGAGCAGUGUAGUAGCUAGCAAGAUGGAGAUCAAGGAGGUUAUUUUUUAAUGAGUGCUUUUCGGAAGUGGCCACUCUGCAUCAACUACCUUAACUAAAACCACUGCAAAGGUUUUAACUGCAAACUUUAGUUUUGAAUCGCAAGGUUCUGGCAUGUCUGCCUUGUGAUUUGUUGGCAGAGUCCCCGGAAAAUGUUUUCUCCCUUAUCGACAGAGGAAGUGACAUAGUUCCUUUAUGCCAAGAGUCAUUGAAACCAGACCCUAGUCUAAGGUCGGGUUUACAAGACUAUUUGGUUUACAUGACAGGCUCUCCACUAUUUUUGUCUCGUAGAGUGAGUUUAACACACUGACAUCUAGUGGUUAUAUGUAUGUACUGCAGUUACCUUGAGGACAGGCACCUCCAAUGUAACGGUCUGUCGCUCUGUUUCUCCUGUAGAGAGUGAGUUCCGGUACACACGCUGGAAGAAGGCCGUCCAGAGGGCCAUGAACUGGGAGACCACAGAGCCUAUCAGCAAUGGCAACGGUGCAAUCAGCAAUGGCAACGGUGCAAUCAGCAAUGGGAACGGUGCAAUCAGCAAUGGGAACGGUGCAAUCAGCAAUGGGAAUGGUGAGCGUUGA